AGUUUUCAUUUUUAUAGAAAAAUAUUGUAGAUUUGGGGUUUAGAUUUUGAAAUUAGGAUAAGAAGAAUUUUUGUUGAUAGAUGAGUAUUCUUGUAGUUUUUUUGCUCGAUAGGUUGUCUUUAUUAAAUUAAUUUCACAAAAAAAACUAUUUUAGGAAAGUUUACAUUUUACUAGAAAAUUUUUGUGGAUUUUGGGUUUUGAUUUAGACAUUAGGAUAACCAGUUUUUUUUUGUUGAUGGAUGAAUAUUCUUUUAAAUUUUUUGGUUCAUAGUUUUUUUUAUUUUUAAAAUAAAAUACAAAAAAUUCUAUUUUAGGAAAGUUUUCAUUUUUGUAAAAAAACAUUGUAGAUUUGGGGGUUGUGAUUAAGAUAUAAGGAUAAUAAGAAUUUUUGUUGAUGAUGAGUAUUCUUUUUUAUUUUUUGAUCAAUAAGUUGUAUUUUUAAAGAAAAUUUUAAAAAAAUCUAUUUUAGGAAAGUUUUAUGAUAUCAAGAAUCAAUGUGUUAAAAACACAUAUUAUACAUACAUAUACAGAUUAUCUGGAGGAAGCAUAGAUGUAUUAAAAUCCUUAGCUUUCUUCGCAUGGAGGUAACUUUAUAAUAAGUUACACAUUUAUAGUGUAUAUAUAUGUAUCUGCUGACAAAAAAAAAAUAUGUAUCUUGCAUGUUACGGAAGAAAAAUCAAAUGUGCCUAGCAACUGUGUAACACUAGUGUUAAUUUUCCACGUAGUUAAAUCAUAUAUAUAUGUGAUUAAUGCUUCAUUUACUGAGUUAAUAUUGUUAUUAGUAUUGUGCAAACGAAUAAUAUAAAACAGAGGAUCGAGAUAUAGAUAGAUCGAUGAAUUGACAAGAGAUGACUAUUCGGUGAAUGAACAAAAAGAAAAAAUAGAAUCUUAAGACUUUUACACUUGAAAAGCUUCACCCACAAGGCACCGGAACACAGAACACUAAAUAAACAUGCGGUCGGUGCGAAAAUUCACAUCGCAUUACGCCAUUACCGUAUAAUUUUUUCUAGUUUUUAUCUAUUUUGUUGUUCAAUAUCGUCGAGUAAGCUCAAUUUCAUAAAUAUAUUUUUUGAAGGCAUUUCAUAAAUAUAUUUAUCAGAACGUUUUUCCUAUAUAUUUUCUUCUGUAACCACUAAAAUUAGGUCGAUGAGUCGAAUUUGUAAUACGUACUAUUCCAAGUAAAACUAUUUUAAUAGUUCAAGAAAAAAAUGUAUAACUAUUUUGCAAGACUGAUCUCAUGUUGUUAGAUUUUGUUGCCAUAAUUGGACAUGUUUAUUUAGCUGCGCCUAGGAUAUAUAGUGGUGGCCCAUGGCAUGAACACAAAUGGCUUGGGGCACUAAAGUUUGCAUGUCUAAUUUUUUUUUUGUUUUAAAUUCACCUUUUAACUUGAAGCAUGAUUAACCUCGAUUUCUUAUUUGGGGUUUUUAACUCAUGAUUUAAUACUUUUUUUAUAUUUUUCGGUUAAAAGACGGUUUUUAUAUCUCUUAUUUAAAGAACAAUUCUUAAAUUUUAUUAGUUAAAAGCUAAGAACCGUUUCUUUGCCGAAGCUAAGAAUCAUCUCUUUACCGAAGCUAAGAAACUCAAUUAAGAGAUCAUGGUUAAUCAUGGCCAGCCUAUUAUGUUUCUAUCUGCAGCAAAAUUAAUAACCUAUAAUAUAUAUAUAGUUUCUUUUCUGGCACAACUGCAACCAUUUUAUACUAACACGAGAUUUAACUUUUUCCCUAGAUUACUAGAAACUCGAUUUUUUACUCCUCUAAAGAGGAUCAUGUUUUAAAAGGAGCCUUUCACUUUUUCAUACUAUAUGUUGAGAAAAUCAAGUUGUUAAAUGGUUAAAGUAUUAUUUAUGAUUGUUAUUAAAUACCUCAAUUUAUAAUCUCGAUUAGGGCAUGCGAUAUAGCGUUGGAGGGGUCCUGGUCUGGGAAGAGAGACGGCAAGAGCAGAAUAAAAAAAAAAGAGUGUGUAAGAGUGAGAUAGACGAAGAAUAUUAGUCUUUAGGUAAGCUGGUGGAAGGGGACAAUUACUGAACGAAUAAUCACUACGUAUAUACAUGAAAAGUUGAUAUAUAUGCAUUACCACCGAAAGCUCGAAUCCUAUUUUUCUUUUUCUUUUUAGCCUAUAAUGAUCCGAUCAAUGAGCUAUAAACGAGGUCUAGCUCGGGAGAAGAUCCAGCUUUAGACAACAACAAAAAAUGACAACCCCAUUUUGCUUCUACAGUACUUUUACAGCAGAACCCUGUCUAUUAUAUAUCAUCAGAUGCGUGUCUAUUAAAACCAACCGCAUCAAAAAUCUUUCAACUACAGUAUAAUAUUUUACUAAAAUAAUAAUAUUUUAAUUAAAGUCUUUUAAAUUUUCUAGAAGACUCAUGCUAAAAAUAUGAAUAUAGAAAUUACAGGGACAAGUGUGGUAAUGUCAAAUAAAACUUAAAUGGUGAUUGUUUGGCAUCAAUGAUGUAUUGUGUUUUUGACAUAUUCUAACAUUGUUUUUUAAAGUACUUCCGAGUCUUUGUGGAGUUCUUUUAGUCCUUUUGAAAUAUUAUAGGUUUGGAGUAGAUUGAGGAAUGGAAACAUGCAGGAAAGAGUGUAAUUUGGAAAUUCUUGACGGAGCAGCCGCUCUCAAAUGGACCACCCACUCCGGCAAAUGAGAUUUCCAAGAAAAUUUUCAAUAUUUCGGGAUUUAUUUAAGGAUCUUAUUUUUUCCUAUUGCAGCCGCCAGAGACUUGCAAUAUAUCUUUUAUUAUUAUUUUUCACAGAUUACACUAGUUUUACUCAUAGAACGAGACUUUAGAGAUUUCUUCUUGUGAUUUACUACCUAAUAAGGGAGAAGGAUCUAUUUUCUCUAUCGAUUUAGAGAAGAAUUCAUGAACCUUAUUUUCUAUUUUAUUGCAAUUGUAUUCCAUUUUUUCUUAUCUUGAGAUUCCUGGGUUUUCUUGUGUUAUUGGCUAAGUAGUCAACUUGCUUAGUCUAGGGUGUUAGGAUGUUAUAUCCGUGAGCUAAACAUAAAUAAGUAUAAAUUGAUUGUCUUUAUUCAUUGCUGCAUUUAAGGAUUGCACUAAACUGAUCACUCAGUGUAUGAGCCUAGGUUUAACUUAUGCAUUAAAAGUGUAAUAGGUUGCUACACAUAACAUGAAUGAGCAUUACAUCCUUGACCACCGAAAGUAGAUGCUACAGUGUUUUGUGAACUAAUUGGAUCUGAUCACUAAUGUUUGUCAUCGAGUCUUAGUCCAAAAGACAGUUUAGGUGCUGAGAUCGAUCAGCAAAAGGUGAAACACCACGAGAGUGGGUUGAGUUUGCGUGAGUUCUAGACUUGUGCGUUGAUAGAAUUUUUGAAUAAAUGUUUGGCUCAUAAUUAUUUGACACCUGAUUCUUGCACCCUAGGCUAGCUUCUUCAUAAUCUGAAAACCUCAAAUCAAACAUGUUACUUGAUAGUUAUGAUUUCUUUUAGUUCUAAAUCGGCGAUUUUUUAGCUUGACAUUGAACCCAUAAAAACGAAGCGUAAACUGAUCCUCUAGAAAAGACUCAAUUUUAUAAUUACCACUGUCAAUCAAUUUUAGUGCAUUAAUCAAUCAUCAAGCCAUCCCUUUGGUCUAUGGGACAGAAAUUUAAGAGCAAUCAUCAGGGCACCUUCAACAGAGCAAGUCCAUUGGCAAGUUCUAGAUGAGUAUUUAGAAAAUUAAAAAAAUUAAAAAAAUGAAGAAAAACAUGAGAGAGACAAUUAAAAGAGUUCUCAAAUAAGGAACUUGUAGAACCUCAUGAGAUACUUUUAUUGGCAUGUGUCAGUUUGUAUCUGGUUUGGUUAUUUUUUUUAAUAUAUUUUAAAUUAGUAACACAAAUUGUAUUAUAGAAUAAUAGUUUUAAUUUGUAGAGAACUCCCUUUGAAAAACUUUAGAACGCUAAAGUUUUUCAAAGGGAGUUCUCUACAAAUUAAUACUAUUAUUCUAAUACGACUUUUUCCUAAAUUAUAAUAUAUUUUUUUAAAUAUAAUCACACCAAGACAAACUGAUACGUGCGAAUAAAAGUAUCUCAUGAGGUUCUAAAAUAUCCUUUGAGAACUUUUCUAAUUUGUCUCUCUCCUGUUUUUUCAUUUUUUUUUUAUUUUUUAAAUUGUUUAGAUAUUCACUAAAAUUUGUCAUUGGACUUGGUCUUAGUAGAUAGUUUUUCAAAAUGAGUCUCUUAGCAUUAUAAUAUUAGUUUUUAAUUAUGCAACUAAAAUUAAUAAAAACAAAAAGAAUAAGAUCAAUAAAGGAUUAACACAUCAUUUAGAGUUUAUUGCCAUUUGUACUAAGUCUCAUCCCCAAGAGUUUCUAGUAAUCAUUCUCUCCUCUUUCUUAGGGGACCUGCAGUGAUCAUCUGUCACCAUAAUUUCUUAUCAAAAUAAAUAAUUAAAAAUUAAAAAGUGAGAGAGAGAGAGAAGGAAAAAAAAGUCAGAAUCAAUUGCUUAGGAAGAACCGAUUGCACAUGAGGUUUGUCACUUGUCCUUUCUUAAAUGGUUAACUAGUUUUAACACAAUAAAUUUCAAUUGCACAACUAAAUUACUUUUGAAUAUUAAUAUAAUAAUGUAUAGAGACCACAUACCUAUCACCCAAGUUCCAAAACACGACCAAACCUGCCGAUUAACCGGCACAGCAAUGCCAAACAGUGGUUACUCGUGGCGAUUAUGAACUCGGAAUCAUCAAAAAUUUCAUUUUUGGGUUUUGAAAGGUUAAAAUCUGAUGUUACAUGUCAAAUCUGUAAGCUUUAGGCAUAAAUAUCAAAAUGUCUUGAAUGAUGACGGAAUUACGUUUUUGCCAUUAAUAAAUUAAUAAAAUAAAGAAUAUAUCAAUAUACAAUGUGGUAGUCGACCCGGAUUUGGUGACUACAAAUGGCUUAGCUUUCACUAGGCUACAACAAAAUUUACGGUAUUAGGUCUCUAAAUAAUUGUAUUAUAGAUAUGUUUAUCAAAAAAUUUAAAAACUACUCAACAUUAAUCUCCGAUUAAUCAGCGAUUAUCCGAUCUUUUUCAACUAGCUAGGCCCAUAAUCGACUGUCCGACUCACGUCUACCGCAAUCUCGAAUAUGGUCUAUCACUAAUGAUGCUCUUACUAUUCCUUUUUAUUUUAUAUUUGUAGCUAUCUACGCAAAAAAAAAAAAUGAACUGAUGCGGGUGCUCUAAGUAUUUGCUUGAGUGGUCGACAUAUGCUUUUCACUCUAGUCGACAAGUUCAAAACAAACUUACCUAAUUUAACUGCUGCCUCCUUUUACGUGAUUGAUAUACUAGUAAUCUUAAUCUUUUAUUAUCAAAGAGAUUCGUCAUAAAAAGCGUCGGACACAUAUACGUGACAAAGCAUGCAUGCAAACAAGGCGUGUGUCGUUCACUCGUUUGCAUUGAGAUCCACUAAUACGAUAUUGUUCACUUAUCUCAAACAUAAAUAUUCCACGUAUGUACGGUGUACGCAAAUAAUCUCUCGAAUCGUAUGCUUAGUUAAUUAUGAUCGUUGCAUUCUUCAGUAAUAUAGAUGCCAAAUGAAUCAUUAUACAUAAUUAUUUUCCUCCAAGUUGUACAUCCAAACAGAACAUAUUAAAAAGGUAUUUUCUCGCAAAGCCGCUUUAAUCUUCGAAAGGAAUCUGUUUUCUUUCAUGCUUUUCUAAAGAACAAUAUAUUUUUUUUUUAAAGAAAAAAAUAAGACUAAACCAAAAGAUCUUUCACUAACUUGCCUUCCUAUAAAAAGCCCUAGAAGGUCAUCAAGUUUUCAAACGAACAAAGAAACAUAAUUCAAAUCUAAAGAUACAUAAUAUCUCGACCGUUGGGAGCCGCAAGAUCAGAAACUGAUCAUGGACAAGGUUAUGAGAAUGUCAUCAGGGAAAGGAGUUGUGAUCUUCACCAAAAACUCAUGUUGUCUGUGCUACGCCGUGCAGAUACUUUUUCGUGACCUUAGGGUUCAACCAACAAUCCACGAGAUUGACAACGAUCCUGACUGCCUCGAGAUCGAGAAGGCCUUAGUCCGUCUUGGCUGCCCCAACGCAGUUCCUGCUGUUUUUGUAAGUGGUAAGCUGGUGGGUUCUACCAAUGAAGUCAUGUCGCUUCACCUAAGUGGCUCUCUCGUUCCCUUGAUCAAGCCGUAUCAGUUAUUUCAUAACUAGAAAUAAAUGGAUCUUUAAGGAAAAGAAAGAUAAUUGUUGUAUGUUGAGAUUGGAUAGUAAAUAAUGAUGGAAAGAUUACACUUGAAUGUGUAUCAUGUUAUAUAUAUAGCUGAUUUUAUAUUUUGUUUCGCUCAUGUCCAAGAAAUUAAUUUGCUAUCUUUGUAUUUUCCAGCUUAACUAAUCAGUAGAUGUACUGCUGUAUUAUCUAAUAUCUAUAGUAAUGAAGAAAAUUAUACUUAUCAUCUGUUAUAUUUGUCUCAUUUAUACAUAAGUAGUUUAAAAUAGAAUAAUUUAAUUUUGUGAUACAAUUUAAGUGAUUUAAUUCACCUCUUUUUUAUAGUGCUACAAUUAUCACAUUCUCUAAAUGGUUUUAAUGAGAACACUAAGAUCGAUUAAAAAUUAUAUCAUAUAGUAUGUUUAUAUAUCACAUGAAACAAAGCAAGAAAUAUAUAAAGAAAUUACCAAAAUAAAUAAAUAAAUAUGUGUAUAUAUAUAUAUAUAUAUAUAUCAGAAGCAUGUACAAUGUAUUAGUCUGAAGAUAGUUUUUGUAGAAAUUUGUGAGCAUAAUGCAAGUAUCGAAAGAAACAAGAGAUCAACGUCUAAAAAUAAACAAAAAACCGGCAAUCUCUUCGAUUUUUUAUCAGUAAUGUUACUUUAUAUAUUUGAGCUGGGGAAACAGACGUGUCUAGGGAAUUAUAUCGUAUAACCAGAUAUAGACCAUUGCGUUUUGCUCCUCACAAUGCGGCGCUAGCCGCUAUAAGAAGGUCCAUGCUAUAUCAACCAUCUUAAACUGAUGUGAGAAAUAAAUGAUUGAAACUAGAAAUACUUGUCAGUUUUAGGAACACUUCAGUCUCUAUGUUCACUUCAUAUCAUGAUAACAUAGCAUAUGUACAAUCCAAUUUCAUUCGUAACCACAAAAACUACUAGAAGAUGAAUCUGAUAAUGUUGAAUUCCUCUUGUACUCCCCCCCCCAAAAAACAUUAGUUUGUUAGAGUCGGACACAAAUUCAUGAAUAAACAAAAUUUGUUGUAGUUUGUAAAGAAACUGCAUAAGCUGUAUUUAUCUUUGAAAUGAUGAUUGGUCGGGAGAUACUGUAUUUACUUACUUUCCGAGUUCAUUGGGGAUCUUUUGACGGAGAAUCUAAACGGUACUAAAGGGACGUGUAAAACUAUCUUCACUUGGUGUCUUUAUCAGUAGGAUCCAAAGAUUCUUAACUUUGAGAAAUGCAUUCUCAAUGAUCUAAUCAUAUGCAUCAUCAUGACACUUGAGGAAUUCAACUUUGUUCUAAGCAUCCCAACUUUUUUGAAGAAAAAUUGACACUAGAUAACAGGAUGCAUUAAAAAGGAUGACCAUAUAUUCUAUAUAUCGAACAAAUCAUAUUCUAUUUGGUUUUAUAUAUCUUCUAAUAUGUUUUCUAAAAAAAACAUGAAUAAGAUUAAAUUAGGAAGGAGCUGAUGGUAACGGAACACAAAGCUGACUUGUGGGUGGUGCUACGUACUGCUAGUCUCCUCCACUGAAUGGGACACAGAUUCUGCAUUUCCCAAAGACAGAGACUUUCGAAGAUUCCUAUUCGGUUUGAUCUUUGCUCUUCUUUUUUUGUUCUCAAAUGCUGCAUGUAACUCUUCUCCUUGUUGGACACCAUUUUUAGACCUCAAAAUAACAAUUUCAUUGUCAUGACUUGUGGAAUCUGUAGAUGAGAGUUGUUGAGAAACUUGUGCUACAUAGAAACUCAUCUUGUUUAGCUUAAUAAACUGUUGACUUAAUCUUCUUGUUGGUAUACUAAUUUUCAAUUUCUUUCAUUUCCAAGAGCUGUGGUAUGUAUCCCUUUAACAAGUUGCACUUGUUGGGAUUCUAUUCCAAAAGAUACAUUGGUGGUGUGCUGUGUGUAAGAUUGUGACUUGCCUCCAUCAACUGUCCUCUAGGAACAUAAGACGCUAUUCCACUAGUGACACUUGCAGUGUAGGAUCUCUAUGAAUUUGUUGAUCCAGAUCUUGUAGCCCAAGUCUCUUGAAUGUCUAGUAAGUAUUCAUUCAAAAAAGAAUGUCUAGUAAGUAACAUUUGUUUGGCUAGUAACAUACACUCAACAUUUCUAGCGUUGAGUCAAAACUUUGAGAACAUUUCUACUGAUUUUAGAAAACCAGCUGACGAUGAUGUGUUAUGUUAUUACAAGCUUUAACCCAAUUUUAGAUGCUACAGUAAGUUUUUAAAACACGAUGUUCGAAUUCAAAGCAAGAUUGUUUCUAUUUUUGGAUUCUCUUUAUCCCCUUGUGACAAAUUGCAACUAUUCUUUCUGGUAACAAACGUCUAGGGCCCUGAGAUUAAAGUAAGUAAAGAGCUAUUUCCCUAACUGGACAAAUAAAAUUUGCAAAGACAGAUUAAAAACAUUUGAAAAAGGAUAAAAUACAUGAUUCCAAAACAAGUAGAGCAGCUACAUUUUUGACAUUAUUGUCUUUUACAAAAAUCUCUGAACAUUCUCUAUGGUUUUAAUGAGAACACUAAGAUAGAUUAAAAAUGAUAUCAUAUACAGUAAGUUUAUAUAUCACAUGAAAAAGCAAGAAAAUAUAUAAAAGAAAUACCAAAACAAAA